CCAGACUUCUUGAGACUCGCAAUAAUUCGGUGGGGAACUUGAAAUAUAGAAUAAAGUAAUCAAAUUAAAUUAAACAGUAGGUAAACAGUGUUGAUUAUUGUUUUGUGUCGGUCGGUGAUAUUAAAUUGAGGAGACGAGGUCUUAUGUUAAAAAGAUAAUCAUGGGGCACACAUCACUAGUUUGUUUCUCCAUAGUCCUCAUACAGCUUCUGCGUUUGACUACAGGUGAGCCUUCCCAAUACAGAACCUACAGAAUACUAUCCAGUGGGACACGAUCGCCUUAUUACAACGAUUAUUACACUUACAAUAGUAAUCCUUACGUGGAUCAUUCUUACAGAUACACGAAGCCUGUGUACGAUGACCGAGUAUACAUAACAGACAAAUAUGGUAACACUAUAGCUCAAUCUUCAAGCGACUAUAACAGAUACAUACAAAGAACUGCCACAAGGGACUGUGUUUAUUGUCCGAGUGGCUAUUUUAGAGAAGCCAUGCAAGUAACGACGUGCACUGCAAAUACUUGCGGCCAAAACGCCCAAUGUCAAGUAAUUGGUGGAAGGCCUGUUUGUUCAUGUUACAGAGGAUACUCCGGUGAUCCGUUGUCAGUGUGUACAAGGUCAGAAUGUCUAUCAGACGGCGAGUGCAGAGACCACUUAACCUGCAGAAACGGCAGGUGCAUCGACCCUUGCGCUGGUACCUGUGGUACCAACUCGGACUGCCAAGCCAGAAAUCACGUGCCUGUUUGCAGUUGUCCACCAGGAUACACGGGAAAUCCUUUCAGCAGUUGCAGAAGAUUUGAUCCCUCUGAAUUAUGUCAUCCAAGUCCUUGCGGUUCCAACACCAACUGCGAAGUGAUAAACGGGGUACCGACCUGUAAGUGUAGACCGGGUUUCCAAGGAUCACCAUUGGCCGGGUGCCGGCACGAGUGCGAGAGCGACUCGGAAUGUAAUUCGAAUCAGGCCUGUAUCGACUUCCGUUGUCAGAAUCCUUGCAGCAGCCAAUGUGGUGAAAGUGCCGACUGUUCCGUCAGGAAUCAUCAAGCUGUUUGCACUUGUCCCAAGAAUUACUUUGGCAAUCCUCAAAUCUCCUGCAAACCAGAAUGUUACGGCGACGUAGAUUGUCCACCAGGACGUCCGGCAUGCUUCUACGGCAUCUGCAAAAACCCUUGCGACGGUGUCUGUGGUGUAGGAGCCGAUUGUAAUCUAAGAGGACUAACACCGAUUUGCUCCUGUCCAAAAGACAUGACCGGAGAUCCGUUUGUCAGAUGUAGACCAUUUGAAGCGCGUGAUUUAUGUGAACCAAAUCCCUGCGGUGCAAACGCCUACUGCGAGCCAGGAUUUGAAACUCGCAACCCAUCUAAAGAACGUCCUGUAUGUUUCUGUCAAACUGGUUACAUUGGAAAUCCUGUAACGGGUUGCCAAAGGGGCGAAUGUAUAGGGGACGGAGAUUGUACCAAUAAUAAAGCUUGUAUUGAUUAUACGUGUCAAAACCCUUGUGUAGGUCAGUGCGGUGUGAACGCAGAAUGCAACCCCAGAAAUCACAUAGCGGUUUGCACGUGUCCCAGUGGGUACCAAGGCGAUGCCUUAUCGCAGUGCUACUUGAAUAAAGGACAAUCGGCUGCGAGGUAUGUUCGAUACAAAAGGGCCAUGGAGGAAUUGAAAGCGAUGGCGAAUGCUACUGUAGUGUAGAACCAUUUAACAGAUUUAUUUUACUAAAAAAUAUUAUAGUCACUGUAAAGAGUCGAUAUUGCCAACUGCCAUAAGUUUUUUAAAUUUUUUGCAUAACAAUAAAUAGUUUUUAAAUGUUUA